AUGUUUGUUGGCGACUCCUUGACUUGGGAACACUAUCGAACGUUGGUCGAAAUUCUAGGUGGAAAGACAGCGACACUCCUUCAGUUCCGAAGCAAGCACAGGUACAUGACAAUCGUACAGCCGGUCUGUGAUCACCAACAGACUUUUAUCAUGUAUCGCCGAGAAGAUUCGUUGAAAGGCUUGGAUCUCUAUCUUGAAGAGAAGUUCCCUGUGGUACUCAUUCUGAACCGUGGGGCGCAUUACGCCCCAGACGACACUUUCUCAGCUGACUUGAAAACAACGUUUCAGCAUGUUUCGUCUUGGCAACAGAAAUGCAAUGAGUAUGGGGUCCGAUGUUAUUUUUUCUGGCGGACAUCAGUACCUGGGCAUCCAGGGUGCAACAACUUUACGGGACCUGUCAACAAUCUGACACUCAUGGAAGAAAUACUUGCUAAUAACCGAGACAGUCCUGGAAAUUGGCGCUGGGAAGAGUUCAAGCAUCAAAAUGAAUUGGCUUUGCAGCUGCUAGACAAUUCUUCAGUGACCGACUAUGAUGUCAUUGAUGCGUACCCUAUCAACAUGUUACGGCCCGAUCAGCAUGCGCGACCAUAUGAAACACCGGGAAAGGGGGUUGACUGUCUCCACAGUUGUCGACCUGGCAAAAUGGACGUGUACAACCGACUCCUCCAGCAUUUUCUAAUUCAGCGAAGAAGUUUUGCAGAUGUUCAGGCUCUGGAAAACUUUACUUUCCCUUGGAUUCGAACCACCAACGUACAAGCCGAUGGCCAUGAUAUCAUUUAUUGA